UCCCCGGCCCCUCCAGCGCCCAGGGGCCGACGCUGGGACGGGCAAGGCCGUGGUGCCGGCUUCUCGGGUCCAAUGGCGCGGCCUUCGCCUCCGCUUCCUGUGCGGGGACCAGGAGAGGCCAGACCCGGCCGGAGAAGGGGAAGGAGACCGAGGGCGGUGAAGUUCGGGGACGUGGCCUUGUACUUCUCCCGGGAGGAAUGGGGGUGUCUGCGGCCCGCGCAGAGGGCCCUAUACCGGGACGUGAUGCAGGAGACCUACGGCCACCUGGGCGCGCUCGGCUGCGCAGGUCCCAAACCAGCCCUCAUCUCCUGGUUGGAACGAAAUACUGAUGAUUGGGAAACGGCUGCCCUGGAUCCACAGGAGUGCCCAAAAGGGGUAGCAGUCCAAAGAAAAACCAGAAAGAAGAAUGAAGAGAAGGAAGUAUUCCCACCUAAGGAAGCGCCCCGAAAGGGGAAGCGUGGUCGGCGGCCCAGCAAACCCCGCCUGAUUCCCCGGCAGACCUCAGGAAGUCCCAUCUGCCCUGACUGUGGUUGUACCUUUCCCGAUCACCCAGCCCUGCAGAGCCACAAGUGUGCCCAGAAUCUGAAAAAGCCUUACCCUUGCCCGGACUGUGGGCGCCGCUUUUCCUACCCGUCCCUGCUGGUCAGUCAUCGGCGGGCACACUCUGGGGAAUGUCCCUACGUUUGUGACCAGUGUGGCAAGCGGUUCUCCCAGCGCAAGAACCUCUCCCAGCACCAGGUCAUCCACACAGGCGAGAAGCCCUACCAUUGUCCUGACUGCGGCCGCUGCUUCCGGAGGAGUCGGUCCUUGGCCAAUCACCGGACCACGCACACGGGUGAAAAACCCCACCAGUGCCCGAGCUGCGGGCGUCGCUUCGCCUACCCCUCCCUGCUCGCCAUCCACCAGCGUACACACACCGGAGAGAAGCCCUACCCCUGCCUGGAAUGCAACCGACGCUUCCGCCAGCGCACUGCCCUGGUCAUCCACCAGCGCAUCCACACGGGCGAGAAGCCCUAUCCGUGCCCAGACUGCGAGCGGCGCUUCUCGUCCUCCUCUCGCCUGGUCAGUCACCAGCGGGUGCACUCCGGGGAACGUCCCUACGCCUGCGAGCACUGCGAAGCCCGCUUCUCCCAGCGCAGCACACUGCUCCAGCACCAGCUCUUGCACACGGGAGAGAAGCCGUACCCCUGCCCGGACUGCGGCCGCGCCUUCCGACGGAGCGGCUCCCUCGCCAUCCACCGCAGCACGCACACGAAGGAGAAGGAGAAGCUGCACGCGUGUGAUGACUGUGGUCGCCGAUUCGCCUACCCCUCACUGCUAGCCAGUCACCGGCGCGUCCACUCGGGCGAGCGGCCCUACGCCUGCGACCUGUGCUCCAAGCGCUUUGCCCAGUGGAGCCACUUGGCUCAGCAUCAGCUCCUGCACACGGGGGAGAAGCCCUUCCCCUGCCUGGAGUGUGGCCGCUGCUUCCGCCAGAGGUGGUCUCUGGCGGUCCACAAGUGUAGCCCCAGCGUCCAGAACUGUGGCCCUAGAUCUGCCAUAGGGGCGCCUAGCCAGAAAGGCCAGGCCCUUUAGAAGGGGAGGGACUGUGUAAGUUCAUUUCACUUCAUGGAGGGGGCCCAGAAAAGGGAAGGAGCCCCCUGAUCAUACAGAUCAGAGUCAGAACUAAACCCUGUUGCUAUACAGAGCUGAAGUUUAGUGUAUUCUACCAUGCUGGCUGCCUUAAUACAUGUAUCUAGAACAGACAGCCUCAGGAAGGAGAGGGGACAUUAUGCGGUAAAAAUUUUCCAACCUGCCCUGUCCUAAAGGACUUGCUCUGUGUGGGGUAUCAGGCUAAAGGUUCUCCCCAUCUCAUUUAGGGGCUGUGUUUUCUAGUUUGUGCAUGCAGUCAGGAGGAUCCCAUUCAUGGGGUGCAAGAUCUUCCCCCUCCUCUGCCUCUUCUUCCCUGCUAGGUUUAAGACAAACUUGGUUUAGCCCCCUUUUGACAGUAUUCCUGCCAAGUGAUCUGCCCUUUAAAACCUCCCUUAAUGCAGCUCACUACCUCACAAGGCGGGUCCUUUCACUGUGGCAUAGCUCUGACCUUUAGAAGGCCCUUACGUACUACAUUCUCCUUCCCUGGAAGCCUUGCCCAGAAUAUGUUUAAAACUUGAUCUACGCGGCAGCCCUUCAGAAAACUUAAUCACAGAUAUGUUUCCAUGUUUUCAGGUUCAGUUCAGUUGCUCAGUCGUGUCUGACUCUUUGCAACCCCAUGAAUCGCAGCACGCCAGGCCUCCUUGUUUUCAGGUUAAAUAGCAUUAAUUUGGUCAAUCAUUCCUAAAAGACAGGCUUUCAGUUCCCACACAUGAUCUCUCCCCAGGCAGGUCCUGGUUUUUCGAUGUCUUUUUAAAAGAGUCAUACAAAAUAAGCCAGCAUCAUAGUGUGCACUAUACCUCCUUGGUCUGGACUUGUUUGAAGAGGUCUAGAUUGUACUGGAUUGGAGGUGGUGACAGUGUACCAGGGCUUUAUUGGGUUGCAGACACCUAUAUAUCUAAGCUGUUUUUUUAAACCACAUGCUUAAGUCUUCUGCACCCUGCGUUUGGAAGUUUGGUUCAAGGUAGGUCUGGGACAUAAGCACAGGUGAGCUUUGGGAGACUGAUUUUAAGGAAAAGCAGGGUGGGGGAGCUGUGGUCUAGCAGCAAGAAGUAAAACCAGGACCAGCUUGUACUUUAUCUGGUGGAUUUGAAUUUCUUGGGAACUGGGUUUCACUCCCCCGAUUCUCAUGAGAAUAAGGAAACACUAGUAUAGAACCUUCUGUUGAUUCCUCUGUCAGCAUCUUUCAUGAAAUGAGGCAAGGCAAUUCAGGAAAGUUAGAAAGUUAGAUAAUUGAAUAUGAAGCAGAAGUCUAGUCAUCAAGUUGUGUUCGUGUCUGCCUCCCUCACAGAAGCUCCAUAUGGCAGCAGCAACAUGUUUUAACCUUUGAUAUGCCUUCAUGGCACCCAUCCCUAAGUAGGUGCUCAGUAAAGCUUUACUGAAUUAAUUAAACAAGGCCUACCACUUGGCCUUGGGGAGCUGCACCAAAUUGGAAUUUCCAAACAUGAUGUAUAGUCCAACCCUUGGAGUCUUUGAUCCUCCUAUCCUGCUUCUUCCCUCAUGUCUUCUGCCAUCAGCCCCAAGGGUGUGUGGCUGGGGCAGAGUGUUUGUAAUUACCUCUGUUCUGGUUUUUAGCAAGUUGAAUUGUAACUGUUUCUUCUUGGAUUGAUGGGCUACCCCAAAGCAGAGGUCAUAUCAGAUUGGGAUUCAUUAAAAUGUCUGA